AUGCUUGACUAAAGCGUUAAAGAUAUCCUUGCUGAAAACUAAAAAGCAAUUGAAUCAAAUCAAAACUAAAUAUCAGAGGAUAAUUUUCAUUAUAAUGACUACCACUUAAUAUAGGAAAAUCAAAGGUUAAUUGAAGAGAAUAAAUUCAAUCAAAAUAAUUAAGGAUAGGUCAAUAAUUUUAACUAACCCCAAAAUAUACUGAAGAAAAAAAUAUCGUUUGAACUUACCCCACCUUAACAUGAUGUGCUACAGGUGUUUUAUAAGCAUUAUCAAGGUAAUGCAAGAUCAAUUGAAGGUCUAAAGAAAUUUAUGAUUAUAUACUUCAGAUUAGGCGAAGAAUAAUUAAAAGGAGAUUGGCCUAAUGAUGUGAUUGUUUACUUUAGAGAAAGAGCUCCGUUUUAUCAUUCUGAUCUAACAACAUUCGCAAUAGUUUAUUUGGUAUUUGGUAAGAAAGUCAAAAAUACGUGCUCUUUGAGUUCUAUUGGAUAGGCACUCUUGUGCGAAGCAUCAGGUCAUUUCGAUGUGCAAAUUAAGCAAAAAAUGGCUAAAUUUAGAGUUCCUAAUUGUCAUAUAUUCAAUGAUGUCUCUUAAGAUCUUUGGACAAGAGAAUUAGUAAACAUGUUUUGCUUUGAAAAUUGGUAGGACUACGAUGAUAAUUAAUUGGAUUCCGUAAAAGAUGAUCGGCUUAAUUAAAAUAAGGUUAAAGAUGGUUUAAUAGACAUUCUUUAAAAGACUAAAUAACUGCCAGACGAAUCAUUAGUUGAUUAUCUAGAUAGAGUUUAGUAGGAGUAUAAUGAUCGUUAAAUUGAAGUAAAUUUGCCAGAAAGACUUUACAGAGCAUGCAACUCAGACCCUGAAAUACAAAAUUAUCAAAUUGAUCUUCAUUACCAGUUUUACCUAGACGCAAAAUAUUUGUUUUAAAAAUACUACAGGAAAAUACUCUUAAAGCUAGAGAAAAAUGAACUACUAAGUAAUGCAUCAUAAGGCUUUUUUAUAGUUAAAGUCAUAUGUGGAUAUGGCCACGGGAGAUCAAAGAAUAGCAAGGAUGGUCUUAAAGAAAAAUUCUAUGAAUACUUGAAGGACAAUCUCUAUGAUUUCGCGUAUCUAACAGAGCAUGGCUCUUUCCUUAUAAGAGCUUAGUAUUGA